GACGCCGUCUCUCAGCUCUGUCGAAGCAUUGCAGCGGACCGUACCCGUGCCUAACAUUUCACCGUCCUUGGUGUUGACCAGCAAGAUGUAUCGCGUCUUAAGCGCGGUACGGACGCGUCGUAGACCCCUUGAGAAACAAACACCGAAACUAUCGUAGCAAAGCAGCGCUGAAUUUAAAGAAUUGCGCGUCGCAUCAUGCAAACUGUCCCAGCGGCUGUGCCAGAGUUCAUUCGCGACCCCAAAUCGACCAUUGAACACGUAGAGAACAUCUCGCUUCUUGGGAAUUUGACCAGAAGCAGCGAGAAUCAAGAUGUCCAGGAGAAGAGGAGCGAUCUCAAGAAUAUCAAGACCAAGGCAUUGGUCGUGAAGGAAGCGAAGGCGGACUUUAAGAUGCAAGAUGUGGUCUUGGAUGAAAUACGUGAGAAUGAGGUGCUGGUGGAGAUGAAGUACAGUGGUAUAUGCCAUACCGACAUCGUCGUCCAGAAAGGACUCCUCCCGAUGAUAGAGUUCCCUGCCAUUCUCGGCCAUGAAGGCGCAGGCUAUAUUCGCGCGCUCGGCUCCUCCGUCAAGGACAAGUCCCUCCGAAUCGGCGACCCCGUCCUACUCUCCUUCGCUACAUGCGGUACUUGUACACCCUGUAGAACAUCACAUCCUGCAUAUUGCACAACACACGCGAACGUGAACCAGAACGGUGUUCGAAUCGCGGAUCGAAGCACACCUGCGCGGACAACAGAUGGGACAAGCGUACGGAGUCAAUACUUUGGGCAGAGCAGCUUCGCGAAGAUGAGCGUUGUCAACGAGAUGUGCGUGGUCAAGUGCGAUCACCCGGACAAGAUGGACAUCUACGCGCCCAUAGGAUGCGGCUUUCAGACUGGCGCGGGGACCGUGCUGAAUGUAUUGAAGCCAGGCAAAGACGACAGCAUCGUGGUCUUUGGGCUUGGUAGUGUAGGCCUGACAGCACUCAUGGCUGCGAAAUACCUGGAUGUAGGCAUAAUCAUCGCUGUGGAUAUUGUACAGGAGAAGCUGGACAUGGGCAAGGAUCUCGGUGCCACGCACACAGUCAACUCGCGCGAACUGACCGAUGUUGUCGAGGCUAUCAAGGAAAUUACGAAAGGUGGUGCAGCUUACGCCAUCGACUGCACUGGCAUCAUCAGCGUUAUUGAAGUCAUGAUCGAGUGUCUGGCGCCACUUGGAACCGCUGCUAUUGUCGGGGUUCCGCCUUCCGGAAAGAAGAUCUCUCUUGAUCCACUAUCGUUCUUGCUGGAAAACAAGAGACUGAUAGGUGUGAUAGAAGGGGACAGCGAUCCCCAGAAGUUCAUACCAACGCUUGUAGAAUUGCACAGCAGAGGCCACUUUCCGAUUGAGAAGCUAUGUCGGACGUACCCGGUUGAGAAGGUACAAGAUGCAAUACAUGACUUGCAUGCCGGCAAAGUAAUCAAACCAGUGAUAGAGUGGAGUUGAUUCGUUUGCAGCAUAUUUCGUGUUCCCGUUACUACGUAAUGUACGACAACAAUGCAGACCUUCUUGAC